CAUUCUUCUUCUACCUGACGCAAGCCGAUCGUAACCUAAGCUCUUUCCUCUCCAUCCCAACUCCAUCUCGAUCUUCCCAUUUCUGCAACCUCCAUUUUGCGUCUUCCUGCAAAAGCCAAGCUCGACUUUGAACAACAACAACAACACACUUACCGCCUUCGAUCUUAUCAAUCAUCCACCAUGCGCAGCAAGUUCAAGGACGAGCACCCCUUCGAAAAGCGCAAGGCCGAGGCCGAGCGCAUCCGACAGAAGUAUGCCGACCGCAUUCCGGUCAUUUGCGAAAAGGUCGAGAAGAGCGACAUCGCGACCAUCGACAAGAAGAAGUACCUGGUCCCCGCCGAUUUGACUGUUGGCCAGUUCGUCUACGUCAUCCGCAAGCGAAUCAAGCUGUCGCCCGAGAAGGCCAUCUUCAUCUUCGUCGACGAGGUCCUUCCCCCCACGGCCGCUCUUAUGAGCAGCAUCUACGAGGAGCACAAGGACGAGGACGGUUUCCUCUACAUCACUUACUCUGGCGAGAACACCUUUGGUGACGCGUAAGAGCAAGUCGUAUUGGAUCGGUACUCAAUUCUACGUCGAGAAUGAUGAAGGCGUUUCGGUUGUAUUGGGUGAUUCUAUUUUGUUGAACGGUACUGGUUAUUGUACUCUGAUUUCGAGCCGGGAUAUCGGGAUGCAGUAGAGCCCGCACUGCUCUGCGUCUCGUCGCAAAUCCUCCAGCUUUGUUGGUAUUAUUCUGACAGCGCGAGUGGAACGAGGACUGCAAGUUGGUAGACAAUAUCAAGCCUGCUGCCCGAAGAUCUGAUUUUCGUCA